AUUACUAUAAACAGCACAUCGAAAGCAUGGUCCUCUUGGCUGAAAAAAUGAAGAAGAAAAGAAAACUGGCUGAUAUGAAUCCAGAUGUUGUCAAGGCCUCUAGCAAGACAGAAACAGCUCAAACAACAAAACCCAAGAUCCCAUCAAAGAAUGUUAAAAAAAAUAAAAAGAAAUCUCAAGCCAAAGCAGAAAAACUAGAAGACAAAUUAAAAGCCCAAGAUCCUGAAUUCUACGAAUUUCUGAAGAAUGAAGAUGAAAGUUUACUAAACUUUGAUGAGAGUGAUGAAGAUUUGAAUGAGGAAGAUGACCUCGGUCUUAGUGAUGAGUCAUCAGAUGAUGAGACACAGACCAAAACUGUAUCUGUGAAAGGAAUGAAAGGAAAAGUGGUGGUGGGAAAAAAGAGGGGUGCCAAGGAAGAAGACCUGGAUGAUAUCCUGUCCACAAGUGAAGAUGAAGAUAGUGAAGAAGAAGAGUCAGACACUGAGACUGGAGGGAAAUUUCAUAAACUUCCAUCAAAGCUAGAGGUUGCUAGUGAUGAGGAUGAGGAUGAAGAAGAUGAAGGGGAAGAAGAUGAAGAGGAAGAUGAAGCAACUAAACCAAAGGGAGGGAGGAUGCAAGGCACACUUGUAACUGUCAAGAUGAUCUCUCACUGGAGCAAAGCUCUGGAGGAGAAGCCAUCUGCCAGUUUGAUUAAAGAUGUGAUCUGUGCAUUUAAAGCAGCUGUGAAGCAAGCUGGUCAUGAGACAGAGGUCAACAAGUACAGGGUGGAGGGCAGCAAAGUGUUUAAUGGCAUAGUGAGGCUCUGUCUCGCUCACAUGUCUCCCGCUCUCCAUAAAGUGACCAGUGUACCCCAAACCACCGACCUACAGAAACCAGUCGUCCCCAACCAACAGAGCAAGAAAUGGAAGACCGUCAAACUGGACACCAAGACGUACCUCACACACCUCUUACAUUUAUUGGGUGAGAUGACAGAGUCGACCAUGUUGAAUGUGAUUCUGAAACAUGUACACAGACUGGUGGCUUUCUACUCAGUCUUCCCAAAACUGGUCAAACUCAUGAUGAAGAAAAUGAUAUCAAUGUGGAGUAAAGGGGAGGAAACCACGCGAGUCCUGGCCUUCCUGUGUCUGAACAAGGUGGUGCUAAUCUCCAAAAAAAGCCUGCUUGAACCUUGUAUGAAGGCAAUGUACAUGUCAUAUGUGAAGAACUCCAAGUUCACUUCCCCCACCACCAUCCCUCUGAUCAACUUCAUGCAGAUGUCCAUGGUCGAAAUCUUCGCCAUUGACCUGACCCAGGCCUACCAACAUGCUUUCAUCUACAUCAGACAGUUGGCGAUCCAUCUACGCAACGCCAUCACUGUCAAAAAGAAGGAGAAUUGUCAAGCGGUGUACAACUGGCAGUUUGUUCGGUGCUUGGAGUUCUGGGUUCGAUUAUUGAGUAGCAGUCACCCCAGUGAGGCUCUCCGCCCUUUGAUUUAUCCGCUCACUCAGACUAUCUUGGGAACAAUCAAGUUGAUUCCUACAGCUAGGUACUAUCCUCUGAGGUUUCACCUGGUUCGGGCCUUGAAUCGCCUGUCUAAAGCUACUGACACUUACAUACCUGUUCUGCCAUUGAUUUUGGAGGUUCUGGAGCAAACCGACUUCAACAAACGUCACAAGACGGUCAGCCUUAAACCUUUCAACUUUGCCUGCAUCCUUAAGUUUUCAAAGGCACAACUUCAAGAGAAGGCAUUUAAAGAUGGUUUGAUAGAUCAGCUGUAUGAGCUACUGCUGGAACAGCUCCACGUUCACGCCAGCUCCGUCGGUUUUCCUGAGCUGGUUCUCCCAGGGAUAAUUCAGCUGCGAGACUUUUUGAAGAAAUGUAAGGUGGCCAAUUACUGCAAGCAGAUCAAACAAAUAGUUGACAAAGUGGAUGACAACACCAAGUUUAUCAACAACAGAAGAAAGUCUGCCAACAUUAAGCUGUCUGACACUAAGGCUGUGGCGGCAUGGGAGAGAGAAUGCAGGGAAGCUGGUACACCGCUGGACAAAUUCUUCAACAACUGGAGAAAGCUACGAGAUGUAGAACUUCAGCACCAGAUCGCACAGAAAGACCUUAUUGUGGGUGUGGAUGAAAUGCCCAGAAUUGAGCGCCAGAGGGGGCCAAUCAAAGCAUCAGAAGAAGACAAGAAGGAGUUUGGGGCCUUGUUUGAUGAGUCGGACAGUGAUGAUGACACCAGAUUUCUUCUGAAAGAGGAGCGUCCAGUUAAAAAACAAAAGACCAGCCAUGGUGAUAGUUCAGAUGAGAGUCAAGACUAUAGUGAUUUUGACAGUGAUGAACUUGAAAUCUUAGCGAGGUCCGGAGAUGAAGAUUCUGAUGAAGAAUUCAUGGAUGAUGAAGAAAUUAAUGAAGUAGGAGGGAGCAAUGAUGAUGAUGAUGAUGAUGAUGAUGAUGAUGAGAUGAAUGGUGUAGAUGAGGAGGAAGAAGGAGAGGAGGGAGAAGACAGCAAUGAAGAUGAAAGCGAUGAGCUGGAGGACAUUGAUGAUAAAGAGGACAUUGUCAAGAACUUUGAGUUAUCAGAUUCAGAUUGAGCUCAAAUAAUGCAUUUUAAAUAAAAAGAAAUGUAUUGAAAA